UAUAUAUAUAUAAAGAGAGAGAGAGACGGGUGUCGCUCUCCGCAACAUGUCUUUUAGAGGAACCUCUCUCUCUCUCUCAAAUUUCUCUCUUUGCUUUUGUUUUUUCCUUUUUCAUUUUAAUUUCAGGGUCUGAGAGAGAAAAUUUUGAAAAGAGUUAUAAUCUAGAGGCCUAAAGCCAAAAUCCCCAAAGCUAGAGUCUUGGUUUUUAAGCUCUCCCUCUCUCUGUCUGCCUGUCUUUGGAGAUAUUAUGCUACUAUCAACAACCCCAGAACGAGAUCAAAAACAUCUCAUCCACACCCUUUAUUCUCUGCUACUGCUUUUUCGAUCUUGAUAUUGGGUUUGUGAGUAAGACCUGAAAAAUAUGGACCACGCGGCGAUAGAUGAUGUAAUCAAUCGGUUGCUCGAAGUUCGAGGCAGACCAGGGAAGCAAGUGCAGCUUUCUGAGUCUGAGAUCAGGCACCUUUGUCUACAGGCCAGAGAUAUCUUCUUGCAGCAGCCCAAUCUGCUGGAGCUUGAAGCACCCAUUAAGAUCUGUGGAGAUGUUCAUGGCCAGUAUUCUGAUCUUCUAAGGCUUUUUGAGUAUGGCGGAUUUCCUCCUCAAGCCAAUUAUUUGUUCUUAGGAGAUUAUGUAGAUCGUGGGAAACAAAGCCUGGAAACAAUAUGCCUUCUCCUUGCAUACAAAAUAAAAUAUCCUGAGAACUUUUUCCUUCUGAGGGGCAACCAUGAAUGUGCUUCUGUAAACCGUAUUUAUGGAUUUUAUGAUGAGUGUAAGCGAAGAUUUAAUGUCAGACUAUGGAAAGUUUUUACAGAUUGUUUUAACUGCCUACCUGUGGCUGCUCUUAUUGAUGAAAAGAUACUCUGUAUGCACGGGGGACUCUCUCCUGACCUGCAUAAUUUGGAUCAAAUCAGGAAGUUACAGCGUCCUACUGAUGUUCCAGAGACUGGUUUACUAUGUGAUCUACUUUGGUCGGAUCCUAGCAAAGAUGUAAAAGGGUGGGGGAUGAAUGAUAGGGGAGUUUCAUAUACCUUUGGUCCUGAUAAAGUGACAGAAUUUCUUCAGAAGCAUGACCUUGACCUUAUAUGUCGUGCACACCAGGUUGUGGAAGAUGGGUAUGAAUUCUUUGCCGAUAGACAACUUGUAACCAUAUUUUCUGCCCCUAAUUACUGCGGAGAGUUUGACAAUGCUGGUGCAAUGAUGAGUGUGGAUGAGACUCUGAUGUGUUCUUUCCAAAUACUAAAACCUGCAGAGAAGAAGCCAAAAUUUGGGUUUGGGAGCUCCACUACAACUAAACAAGGAACUCCUCCAACCAAAACCAAGUCAUUCCUUGGUGCAAAAGUGUAGUAAAUUUGUUCAUCCAAACGGAGAUAUAAAGAACAAGCUGUCGUAGUUCUGCAAUGUCAAGGGCGGAGGUAAAUGUCACCGACCCGGGUAUGAUAUCUGUGCAAAGGAAUUUAACAAAUCAGAAUCACUCUUGAACAAGACUUGAGAAGGUCUCCCCUCUUUAUAUGAGAUAGAAGGUGGUUGUACUUUUUCUUUUUUCUUUUUUCUUCUUUAAACUUUUAUGUACAACAGAAGCUGCAACAGGAAGGGAUUUGAGAUCACUCCAACAAAAGGUUUGCUGAUGAUCUCUUGAUUAUAAUCAAAGAAUGGUAUUCAAGGUAGACAUCCUUGGAUUUAAAUCA